AUGGGCGAUUUGGAAAAGGUUCUCUAUACGUUUCAAGACUUUUGUUUAAAAAAAAUGUUUCUUAUUUCUUAUUAGUUCUUCAUCGGGGAUUUUAAUUCAAACAAAUUCGGAUUUCAAAUUUUUUCCUGCACUUCUUGUGUUCAUAAUUCCAUAUAAGCAAAAAAAAUUCGAAUUUGAAUGAAAUUUUCCAAUUAUUAGAGCCUUUAAGAUCUCAAUUAUUUCAAAAGAGCACAGGAAAAAUAUCUAAAUUUCAAGAAAACGGUGGAUUUUUGAGUUGAAUGAUGCUAAUUUUCGGAAUUCUUUGAAAAUUUUCGGCUCGUUUUUUUUGUUCGAAAAUUCUACAUAAUCAAUACAAAAAGCUUCUGAUUUGAGCAAAUAAUUUAAUAAAAAAAUCGAAAAAAAUAUUUUCAGUUCUUUAUCAACGUGGCUCAAAGACAAUUGGAAAGCCUUCUGCUCCACGCCGACCAAAUUAAUGGGUUAUUUUCGAAAUUUCAAGUUUUACUGUUCCAAUUGUCCUAUUAAAACUUGAAAAGUACCAUUAUCCAGUUUUUUCUGUCCUAAUCAGUACUUUACAAGCUUUUCAAAGCCUCUAGGUUCACGAAAAUCUCAAUUUAAGAGAUCUCCCAACAUCUCACGAAACCCUGGAACAAAUGCUUGGAAUGGCCAUGGAAAGCCUGCGAAUCACCCAAAAAGACAACAAAUUCAACAGCGUUCGGAGCAGGUAGAAAAUUCAAAAAAAAAAGGAUCAGUAAGCUUGGAAAAAAUAGCCGCGUCAAGUGCGCUCCAUUGAGAAUUUCGGAAAAAUGGUUUUUGCGAUGAGAACUUAAAAACGCCAGGGUUGUUUUUACAGAGAAAAAAUCCCGGUAGGGGUCAAUAAGUGCUCCCUAGAGGGAUUAAGGGUUGACUUGUGAGGCUCUGAAGCUUGAGUGGUCCCUCUAAAGGUCUAAAUAGCCAAGUGCGCUCUACUGCUAAUUUCGUAGAAAUGAAGCUAGCGAUGAGAUCCUAGAGACGCUAGAGGGGCCCCUAAAGAGGUUAGGGGGACGAAAUAGAGCUCCCUUUAGGGGUUCAGGGACUGAGGCAUUAGCUCCCAAAGCUUAAGAAAUCCCUAAAGAGGUCUAGAACUUUUUUUUCUGCUUUUGAAGUUAAGAAGACGUAGAAGGAGCGCUCGCUUGCUUCCCUAGAGUGGUCACUAGCUAAUAACCCUAGAGUGACCAAAUUUGCAAGCUGUAGCGGUCCCUAUAGGGGAGGUAAUGUGGUCCCCAAGGGGCUUCAUCAGAUUUUUGAUCAAUUUUGAAGUUUAAAAGAGCUUGCUUCCCUAGAGUCGCCACUAGCUAAAAACCCUAGAGUGACCAAAUUUUCAAGCUAUAGUGGCCCCUAGAGGGAACCUUCCCAGGCUCCUCCAGGGACCCCUAAGAAGAUUAUAGUCAGUCAUAGAGAAAAAAUUUAAACUUUCCAUUUAUCUUUUCCUCUCAAAUAGUUCUUUAGCAUGGGACCAACGGCGAACCGAGGAACUCGCCACUUUUCCGAAUCGUUCGACAGCGUUUUCCGGCCUUCAAUGGCUUGCAAUGAAGCCAACAGUUCGUCUCGACGUUUUAGGUGAAAUUUCAAAAGGUUCUUCAAAAACUGGCAUUUUUCCCAGUGACGCGAUGGACGCUCAGAGCGGCCUCCGAAACGGAUCGCAGUUUGUGUUCUUUUUUGAUGGAAUUUUGAAAAAAUGAUUUUCUGGAUGUAUUCUAGAUGAGCACAGAAUUUUUAAAAAAACCGUUACUUAAAAAAUUUUGAGUGAUCCCUAUAGGGGUUAGGAGAAAAAAGCCACUUUUAGGGGCGAAAAAUUGGUCCCUAUUGGGGUUUAGGAUCCGACCCCGCAGCCCCCAAAUCUUGAGUGGUCCCUAUAGAAGCUUAAAGUCUGACCCCUGAGCCCCCAAAGCUUAAGUGGUCUCUAUAGGGGUUCAGGGUCUGACUCCUGAGCCCCCAAGGCUUAAGUGGUCCCUAUAGGGGUCUUUCAAUUUCAUUCAAAAAAGGCUAUUUGUUCAGAAUUUCAAUGAAACGGCUUCCAUUAAAAUUAUGGACUAGCAUGUCCCCUAUAGGGGCCACUUUUGCAAGCUUUAAUGGCCCCUACAUGGGUUGGUAAAAAAAAGGAGACCCUCAAAAGGCCCUUUAGGGACCACUCUGAAGUUCCUCAGAUGGUCUAAAAUAACUCGGUUGUUAAAAGUCACAUUUUGUUCAGUCAGAUAGUCAGAUCCUCUCAUAGUUCCCUGCUAUUUCCCCUUUUCUGAUCCUUCUGGUCAGAGAUAAGAGAGUGCAGACAGACUAGAGCAUUUCUCCUCUCUACACAUAACUUUCUAGCCGCUUUAAAAGAUUCCGAUUUUUUAGCUUUUUCUUGGUUUCUUUUUUUCUCACUAGAAUACUCUGAAUAUCUCUAUGAGAUAACCCAGAGAAGCCUAAAAAAGUCGUGGUCGCACCGGGAAUGGCUCAAGGCGUCGCGGUCGCGUUGCGUCUCAAAAAAGAGCUUGCUACUGGUUGCCACCGUAACCCGUUGAGCCAUUCCGAAUGCGAGCAUAGACCAUUUUCGAGGAAGUUUCGUCUUUUCAGCACCCUACGAAACAAAUGGAAGAAGGUGCAGAACGUGUUCAGCAGCGUUUCCUCGUUCAAUCUCCAGCCGCCGACCUCGGCGUCGAUGUCUUCGUCGGCGGCGUCGAUUUCGUCGGCUUGCCGCAGUUCUCACGAUUUGGCUAGACAUAUUUUGGUGGGACACCCUUUUCAAUGAGAGGAAGCUGAAGAAACUACUCAAAAAAUGAGACUUCCAUUCUGAAGGCUGGCUUGAGCCAUUAAAAAAGGGUCCCGACACGAUAAUAGAAGAGAUAGUGUCUGGUUGCUGGAGAGUGCAGACAGGCCACGCCCCCUCAGCGUCUCAAGUUGGCCGUGAAUCGGAUAUAGGGACAAGUGGUCACUAUAGAGCUUUUCUAAGGCUCAUAAUCACUAAUCCUGUUCAUAGAAUGAGCAAAGAAAAAGAUGAAAAAAAAUAAAUGUCGUGAAAAACUCUAGUGGCCACUUAAGGGGUUCCUCAAGGACUACUUUGAGAGGACACUAAAGUGGCCACUAAAUCCAUCUCUUCAGAAGCCAAUAACUUGCGUCCUAGCGGCCAGUGUUCAGUGGUCUAGUAGUACCAAUUAGACUCCUAAAGGGACCACUAAAAUUUGGUCCCCUAAGUGGCCACUACAGUAAUUAUUAGAUGUCUAGUAGUACCGUUUAGACUUCUGAAGAGAGGACUUAACUCUAGCCCCUUAAGUGGCCACUAAUUCGACUACUAUAGCGGUCCAUAAAAGGUCAGAACCCUGAAGAGGUCACUCAAAAUGUUUUCAGUGAAGUUUCCUCCCCAGAGGUACAAAAAGCUGAAGAAUAAGUGGUCACUAUAGAGUUUUGGUGGCUUUUUUCCGAAUAACAUGAUAAAAUUCCUUUAAGUGAUCCCUUGAAACUUCAGAAUUCAAGCCGCCAAUCGUAUUCUCAAACAAAACAGGACGAGAAUCAAGCCACCGAUGACACUUUUGGAUCCAGUUUUAUGGUAUUUUCAUUUUUUUCAAAUAUUUUUACGAAAAUCUCUGAAAGGUCUUGAAAAUGAGUAGUGUGUCCCUCUCUCCGCUUCCCUCUCCCCGGCUUGGAGUACUGUACUGUAGGAUUACGGUAGCUUGGGGUACUGUAGUAUUACGGUGGCUUGGAGUACUGUAGUAUUAGGGCGGCUUGGAGUCCUGUAGUAUUACGGUGGCUUGGAGUACUGCAGUAUUACGGUAGCUUGGAGUUUUGUAGAAUUACGGUGGCUUGGAGUACCGUAGUAUUACGGUGGCUUGGAGUACUGUAGUAUUACGGUGGCUUGGAGUGCUGUAGUAUUACGGGAACUUAGAUUACUGUAGUAAACUAGUUUUUUGAAACUCAAAUAAAUUGACUCCACGCUCUUUCAAUGGUUUCGACAAAAAAUGCUUCAAAAAUCAUCAUUUUGUAGGACAUGACAGCUGAAGACGAAAAUUUGAUCGAAACUAGCUUUAAACCUCGAGAAGCAGUUGAUGAAUCGGAGAAAAUUGAAAAAGAAAAUGAGGAGAGGAAGUUGAAGGAUGAAAGUGUCAUUUUUGUUGGAGUGUGAGUUUUUUUUUAAUCGUAUAUAGAAAGAAAGGUAUUGAUUCAGGUACAAUCAAGGCGGCAGAAAGCACAGGACUAUCGAUUUAUGCGAGAAAAGGUUCUAAAAAAGAUGGAUUUAAUGAAAAAAAAAUCGAGUAAACUCAGUUUUGCAACGCCCCCAAGGGAGGAAAAUUCAUUUUGGAACGUUAAACUUCGUCCUGGAUCCAAUAGAAAAGUAUAUUUAUUUAUUGGAAGCUUCUGUGGAAUGCGCCCGACCUGAAACGACUUUCGCUGAACCAUUCCCCGUGCGGCCAUGGAACAAUACAUCUCUGCGCCCUCCUCGUCUCUCGACGACCCUCUCUUGUUGACGCGCUAUUUUCGCGUUUCUCUGACCUCACCGGUGAGGGGAGAGAACAGAGAGACGCAGACACGCAAAAACUGUCAAGUCGCUGCGGAUGGACUAUAUUGAUGUAUGAAUAUAUCUAUAGCCCGUCCACCGCCCCUCGAAAGUUUUCGCGUGUCUGCGUCUCUCUGUUCCCUCCCCGACUAGGUCAGAGAAACAUAGAAAUAGCACGUAAACAUAAGAGAGACGUCGAGAGAUACAGAGAGCGCAGAGAAGUCCCGCCAAGUCGCAAAAAAUCCAUUUUUUUCAAGAUUUCCGAAGAAAUUCGCAACAAUGUCCGACAACAACUCGAACAAUCGAUUCCUUGGGAUGAACAAUGA